AUGGGUGGCCACUCUGUCGAUCCUAAGAACGGCUCCUUCAUUGGAAACUGGGGUGAAUUCGACCCUUUGCGAAACGAAACGAGCGCAGGACGAGCGCAGGCUAUUACCACUAUUUAUCAUCUGGAAACUGACAUCCAACCCGCAGGUUGCCCGACUCCCCAGCGCAUCGCCACCUACUCUCUCUCCUCUAACCGCCAGCGUCCCUUCGCCGGUGCUUUCCACGCCGCCAUCUUCAACACUUUCCGUCGUACCGCAGCCCAGGCUCUCUACGUUGCUCCUCCCUUCGUUGCUGCCUACCUCGCCAUGGAGUGGGCCGUUGAGCGCAACCACUUCCUGAACUCCAAGCCCGGUCGUGCUCUCACUGCUGCUGAGGGCACUGAAGAGUAA